UGGGGGCGAUGUCGCCGCGCACGCUGCUCCUGCUGCUGAUGGCCGCUCUGGCCCCGACCCAGACCCGCGCCGGCUCGCACUCCAUGCGAUAUUUCUACACCAUCAUGUCCCAGCCCGGCCUCGGGGAGCCCCGGUUCAUCUCUGUCGGCUACGUGGACGACACGCAGUUCGUGCUCUACGACAGCGCUUCGGAGACACCGAGAUACGAGCCGCGGGCGCCGUGGGUGGAGCAGGAAGGGCCUGGGUAUUGGGAGAGGAACACACGGAACGCCAAGAACAUUGAGCAGGUUUUCCGAGGGAACCUGAGGACCGCGCUCGGCUACUACAACCAGAGCGAGGGCGGCUCUCACACCAUCCAGAUGAUGUAUGGCUGUGAGGUGGGGUCGGAUGGGCGCUUCCUCCGCGGGUACAGUCAGCAAGCCUACGAUGGCUGCGAUUACCUCACCCUGAACGACGACCUGAAGACGUGGACGGCGGCGGACACGGCGGCGCAGAUCACCCGGCGCAAGUGGGAGCAGGCUGGUGCUGCAGAGAGACUGAAGGCUGAACUGGAGGGCACCUGUGUGCAUUCUCUGCGCAGAUACCUGGAGAACGGGAAGGACGCGCUGCUGCGCACAGAUCCCCCAAAGGCACAUGUGACCCAUCAUCCUGGGUCUAAAGGUGAUGUCACCCUGAGGUGUUGGGCCCUGGGCUUCUACCCUUCUUUCAUCACCCUGACCUGGCAGAGGGAAGAGGAGGAACAGACUCAGGACAUGGAGCUGGUGGAGACUAGACCUUCUGGGGAUGGAACCUUCCAGAAGUGGGCAUCUCUGGUGGUGCCUUCUGGGGAGGAGCACAAAUACACAUGCCAUGUGUACCAUGAGGGGCUGCCUGAGCCCCUCACCCUGAGAUGGGACCCUCCUCAGUCCACAGUCCCCAUCAUGGCAGUCAUUGCUGGUCUGGUUCUCCUUGGAGCUGUGACCAUCAUUGGAGCUGUGGUGGCCGUUGUGAUGAAGAGGAGGAGAAACCCAGGUAGCAAUGGAGGGGAAUAUGCUCUGGCUCCAGCGUGAAGACGGCUGCCUGCCCUGACAGAGUGACAGAUGACGUAUUCAGGCCCCUCCUGUGACAUCCAGAGCCCCCCAGCUCUCUUUAGGGAACAGUGUCUAAUGUUUCCUGGAAUCUACGGCCUCAAUGAGAACUGAGGAGCACAUCUCACCCCUGCACACCAGUGAUGGUGGCCCUGUCAGAGGAGCAGUCAGUGACAAUUGAAGUUAAGGAUGUCUGCCCACCCGGACAAACUCCCUGAUAGUGAUUCUCUGGAUAAGCUAGGGCCCAGGACCACAGACUCCAGAAUGUCUUUUGGUUCUGCUUUGCCUUCGCAGGUUUGCAGCCGCCAUCUCUCUCUGGUGUGUGGCAUGGUGUGAAUUGGUGUGGGGAGAUCCGACUGCCUGUAAUGUGGUGUGUUU